AUGGCGCAAGCGGAGUAUAUAGGUCUGUUACUUGUGCCGAAGAUGGACUUAAUUUCCCUAGCUACAGGAAAAAAGUUUGAAGAGCAUUAUGCGAAACUCCAUCGGCAAAAUGUAGAAAACUUGUCAAUUGAUCACCGAAGCUUUGAUCCUUCUAUAUCAAAGACUUCUUCAGAUGAACUUGACAAAGAGCAAUGGUUCUUGGAUGUCAUGCAAAUAAAUAAAAGCGAUAAUGUAAUUGAAGAGAAGAUGCAUGAAAAAGAAAACAAAGAUUACCUUGUUACUUGGGAUGGCCCUCAGGAUGCACUAAAUCCAAAAAAUUGGUCCAACAUGAAUAAAUGGUGGAUAAUUAUUCAGAUUUGUAUUAUAACUAUGCCUGUUACAUUUUCUUCUAGCGUCUACUCCACGGGAAUUUCUGAGGUGGUGAAAGUUUUUCAUGCAUCCAUCCCUGUCGCAUCUCUAGGCACGUGUACUUAUUUGGUAGGCUUCUCCAUGGGUUCUUUACCCUUUGCACCUUUAAGCGGCAUUUAUGGAAGAUUUAUUGUUUACCUUAUUACUCUUAUAGUAUUUACUUUACUUCAAAUAGGUGGUGGUGUUGCUCAAAAUGUCUGGACAUUAGCUAUAAUUCGAUAUUUUCAAGGUUUUUUUGGUAGCACUCCCCUAGCCAACUGCGGAGGAACCGUUAGCGAUAUAUAUAGUCCAGUUGAGUAUACUUUUACUGUUCCCAUUCUUUGUGCUUUUCCCUUCCUUGGACCAGUCAUAGGUCCUAUUAUAGGUGACUUUAUUUCGCAAAGCUACCUCGGAUGGAGAUGGACAUUUUGGAUAACCAUGAUAUUUUCAGGUUCUGUAGCUUUGCUCGUUAUUUUUACUCUUCCUGAAACGCAUGCCGACACAAUUCUUUACUACAAAGCUCGUUACCUUCGUAAAGUGACAGGAAACCCUUUAUGGUAUACAGAGAAUGAAAAGCAACGUGAUCCCAAAAGAGCAAUUGUACGAGCGUUCACAAAUUCUAUUUCAUUGCUAAUAUCGGAACCGAUCGUUGUUUGUUUCACCAUUUAUGUAACUAUACUUUUCGCUAUUGUUUACAUCAACUUUGAGAGCUAUCCCAUUGUGUAUUCCCAGUAUGGUUUCAAUCAGGGUGAACAGGGUCUUUCUUUUAUUGGUAUCGGUAUUGGUAUUCUUUUGGCCACUUCCUCCACUCCCAUUAUAUAUUAUUAUUAUUCCAAAAACUACAAAAAGAUGAAUGGAAAUGUGCCCCCGGAGUAUCGAUUAUAUCCACUUUUUAUUGGGUGCUUUCUUUUACCCAUUGGCUUGUUUUGGUUUGCCUGGACGUGUUACCCCCAUAAAAUACACUGGAUAGUUCCUUUAAUUUCUAGUAUCUUUUUUGGGGCAUCACUGCUACUUAUAUUUUCAGUCAUGUUUACCUACUUUAUCGAUACUUAUCGCUCUCUGGCACCGAGUGCGCUUGCCGCUGCGACGCUUGUACGCUACUCGGCUAGUGGAGGAAUGACUUUAGUCGCACGACCCAUGUACCAUAAUUUGGGUGAUCAUUGGGCUACGACACUGCUUGGCUUUAUAUCAGCUGCUAUGAUUCCCAUUCCUUUUGUGUUUUUUAGGUAUGGAAAGACCAUACGUUCGCACAGUAAAUAUGCCUACAAAGGAUAA